AUACGAAUGAACGAUAAAGUUAUGAAUUUGUCAAAUUACUAUCUAAGCCGUUUUAAUUUUAAUUUCAAUCCCCCAAUGAUGAGUGAAAUCCAUAUACACGAUUCUUUAUAUAUGCACAGACCGUGGAUGCAUCAGGGAAGCGGAACCGGGGGUGGCGGGGGCCACCACCAAGCAUCGGGUGGUCAAGGAAGCGGUGGUGGUACAGGCGACGACGAAGCUCCCAAAGACCCUGGAGCUCGCAUCACUCAUCAAUCACAUCAGUACACCGAGAAAGACUAUGAAGUUACACCACCCGCUCAGAGAGUUCAAUUUAUUUUGGGGGAAGAUGUUGGUGAUGAUGCCCACGAAUCCCAUCCACUUUUCUCCGAAAUGGAAGAGUUGGUGAAAGAUGGCGAUGAGAUGGAGUGGAAAGAAACUGCUAGAUGGAUUAAAUUCGAGGAGGAUGUGGAGGAGGGCGGAAACCGAUGGAGCAAACCUCAUGUAGCAACCUUGUCUCUACACUCGCUUUUCGAAUUAAGAAGUUUACUUCUUAAUGGAACUGUUAUGCUUGACAUGGAGGCUAGCGGUUUAGAGCAAAUUACCGAUCUCGUUCUUGACAACAUGAUCAACAAAAACAUGUUAUCAAUCGAUGUAAAAGAUAAGGUACGCGAAGCACUUUUGGUCAGACAUCGACAUCAAUUCGAAAGACGCAAGGAUAAUAAUAUGUCAAGGUUACCAAUUAUAAGAUCACUUGCUGAAAUUGGGCGAAAUCAUUCGUCAUCGAAGAAUUGUGACUGUUCAUGUGGUAUGCAUACCUUGUUGGCAUCAGAUUUCCAGGAACAUCGCAAUAAUCGGGAGACUUACGUGCCAGCUGUUGCUCGGAGUACGAGCUCUCCAAAUUCUAACACAGCCUCGAUCUCCAAGGAGGCGAAAGACCUUAAAGGCCCUUACCUAUUGAUUCCAGGUAUUUUGACAAAUGAUUAUUAUCUUCCAUUUCAUUCUGUGGAAGAAUCGAAUUCGGCACCGGUUAUCGCCGCUGGGGUAGGUCAGGUUGGUGGUGCAGGACUAAAUCCAAGUGGUCGCUUUCUAGCUAUACCUGGUCAAGAGCCCGGGCCAUUAGGCAUCGAUCGAAGUCCCAGUACCGUAUCUAUUACCAGAAAUCAUAGUGCAAGUGCUUUAGAAAACGGAGAUGCAAAUCACAGGGGCAAUACGCAUUUUAUGCGUAAAAUACCAGCCGGAGCUGAAGCAAGUAAUAUAUUGGUCGGAGAGGUCGACUUUCUUGAUAAAACCCUAUCUGCUUUCAUCCGUCUUAGUCAAGCAAGUAUAAUGGGUGAUUUGACCGAAGUACCCGUACCAACAAGAUUUAUUUUCAUACUUCUUGGACCUGCGGGCGGAAUUUCAAAUUUUCAUGAAAUUGGUCGAGCAAUGGCAACGCUAAUGUCCGACGAGGUCUUCCAUGACGUAGCUUAUAAAGCAAAAAAUCGAAAUCACUUACUGGCUGGAAUCGAUGAAUUUCUUGAUGCCGUUACAGUCUUACCACCUGGUGAAUGGGAUCCGACUAUAAGAAUAGAACCACCAGCCGCGAUACCUUCGCAAGAUGUAAGGAAGAGACCGAAGGAGGAAAAAUUAAAAGAAGAUAUGGACGAAGAAGCGGAUGAGCAAAAAUUGCGAGAAGAAUCCGGGCUUUCGCGGUCGGGAAGGCUCUUCGGAGGAUUAAUAAACGAUGUGAAACGUAAAGUACCUGUUUACAUCUCCGAUUUUAAGGAUGCCUUAGCUCUUCAGUGCGUGGCCUCGUUUAUCUUCCUGUACUUUGCUUGCCUUUCGCCCAUUAUAACCUUCGGUGGGCUUCUCAGUGAAGCUACGGGCAAAAACAUGGCUGCAAUGGAAUCUCUUGUUUCUGGAUUUGUAUGUGGCAUUGGAUAUGGUUUCUUUUCCGGCCAACCGCUUACCAUAUUAGGCUCUACGGGGCCUGUAUUGGUAUUCGAGACAAUCGUUUUCGAAUUUUGCAAAAAAUCAGCUUGGAAUUAUAUGUCAUUUCGUUUUUGGAUUGGCACAUGGAUCACGAUUAUUUUAAUUAUUCUUGUGGCAAUCGAUGCAAGUGCAUUAGUUUGUUAUAUUACAAGAUUUACAGAAGAAAAUUUCGCUACAUUAAUAGCUUUCAUUUUUAUUUAUAAAGCCGUUGAAAAUGUCUUGUCUAUUGGGAAGAAAUUCCCAAUUAAUACUCAUGGCAGUGAUCCCUUAAAUAUCGAUUGUUGGUGCAAACCUCCAAAUAUUACCUACAAUGCGUUAAACUCAUUUUCAACGAGUCACGAAAACGUCAAUUGGGCAACAUUGGAUAAGAUAGCGUGUCAAGGUUACAAUGGCACGCUGGUUGGAGAUGGAUGUAACACACCUCAUUACGUACCCGAUGUGUUCCUUAUGUCAAUUAUUCUUUUUAUGGGUACUUUCUUGCUUUCGGUUGAAUUAAAGGAUUUCAAAAAUGCCCUUUUCUUCCCUUCAAAGAUUAGACAAGUUGUAAGUGACUUUGCAGUGAUAAUAGCCAUUUUUUCAAUGUCCGCUCUUGAUUUCUUCGUCGGCAUCAAUACUCCGAAGUUAGAAGUACCGGUUGAAUUUAAACCGACCUUGGAAGGUCGUGGUUGGAUGAUUUGGCCAUUCAAUGAAAAUCCAUGGUGGAGCGCACUAGUUGCUAUGGCACCGGCAUUGCUAGGUACAAUUUUAAUUUUCAUGGAUCAACAAAUUACUGCGGUAAUAGUCAAUAGAAAAGAGAAUAAAUUAAAAAAAGGGUGCGGUUAUCACUUGGAUCUAUUUGUUUUGGCCAUUCUUAUAGAAAUUUGCUCGGUAAUGGGGCUUCCUUGGUUUGUCGCUGCGACCGUGCUUUCCAUCAAUCAUGUGAAUUCUUUGAAAUUGGAAUCGGAAUGCGCUGCACCCGGUGAAAAGCCACAGUUCCUAGGGGUUCGCGAGCAGAGGAUCACUCACAUAUUGAUAUUUUUGAUGAUCGGCUGCUCAGUUUUAUUAACUCCAAUGCUAAAGCACAUCCCAAUGCCAGUGCUUUUCGGUGUUUUUCUUUACAUGGGCGUGGCAUCAUUAAAAGGCUUGCAAUUUUUCGACAGAAUACUCAUUAUGUUUAUGCCCGUCAAGUAUCAACCGGAUUACAUGUUUCUCCGACAAGUACCAUUAAAACGAGUUCAUAUGUUUACAUUGAUACAACUCACCUGUCUUACCUGCCUAUGGAUCAUCAAAUCAUUUAGCUCAACAUCUAUUCUUUUCCCACUUAUGCUAGUGGUUAUGAUCGGCAUUAGAAAAAGUCUGGAUUUAUUAUUUACCCAACGAGAAUUGAAAAUACUCGAUGACGUUAUGCCCGAACCACAUAAAAAACACGCCGAAGACCUUCGCCAAUUGGAGAAUGGCGAGGAACACAACGAAUCGAUUGGCUUUGCUUCUUCUGGGAACCUGCAGAUUCCCUUGGCUAACGGAAAUAUCAUGAAAAUACCUCUUACGAGUAUAAAUAUCAGCGAGGAGGUCAAUAAAACGGGGAUUUGGCAACAGGUGAACGAAGGAAACGAUAAGUCUAAGCAGUCAAAGCUUAUCAAUAUAGGUAAGCAAAAGAAGCAUUCGAAGAAAGAUGUUGUCCUUUCCACGGAUGAAACGACAAGGCUAACCACCAUGACGGAAGAAGAAGAGGAUGACGGUGGAAUAUCAAUCAAGGUGAAAAACGUUGACUUGAUACGAUCGAAAGAUACUAGUCCUUUCAAGGCAAAUGGUACUACUUCGGCUGAGACUUCCGUUUAAUUUAUAGCAUCACGUACAUAUUGCCUCCAUUCAAAUUUUCAAUAAAACCAUAUCCACGAAUAAAAUAAAAAAUACAUUAACAGUUACGUAUUCGACGAAAUAAUCUCCAAAGACAUUCGAGAUUUCGUAUGCAAAACAAGAUAGUAUCUAUUUUAGAGAAGUGUUUAGCAUGAAAUUGAUAAAAACAAAAAGUUCAAACGUAAAUCAGAUGAUUAAACUUCAACACUGAAAGUCUGAUAUAAUUGUUUAACUUAAAUACUCGA